UCUUCCCGUUAUAUUAUCUAUGUUAUUUUAACAGAUUUGGAUUCUGGAAUUUGUAUAGUUCUAAUUGAGUAUUAAAUGAAUUUCUAAUUCAUACAGAUCAGAAGGAUUUCACCACCCAAAUUGGAGAUCCAACUUGAACGAAACACAAGCCACGACAGGACCAUGUCUCAACAAGUUUCUUCCGAUUCUCCCAUUUCUGAACAAGCUUCUUACGCCAGUGCCCAUGAGAUUACACCGGCUACACCCGAGGCUAGGGGCGGAGCCACACAGGGUUUACGGAUCCUGCCUCCGCCACUAUCCGAGGCUUUUUAUACACCCCCACAGCAACAAAAUGAGAACGUAGAAGCCAUUGAUCAUGAUGAAGAGGUUGACUGUGAUCUGACUACUCCUUCAUGGGGAAUGUCCUUAGCCUUAGGCUUUCAGCAUUAUUUGGUAAUGCUAGGGAAGACCGUUCUAAUUCCUACCAUUUUAGUUCCUCUGAUGGGGGUGCGAUGUAAGUCUUUAUGGUUUAAGUUAAAUAUAUAUAAGAAUGAAAUUUGA